AUGAGAAAGAGAGAGAAAGGUUUUUCCUUGACAGUCUCUAGGUGCAUACUGUUGAUUGGUUUAUUCGGCUACUACUUGAUGGGGGCAAAGAUAUUUCAAGCAUUGGAGAUGGACACUCAGGAAGACUUGAGAAAUACCUUUGAGGUUGCCAGAGAAACUUUCAUGAGAAACUAUGCCAACAUAACUCCAGAAGAACUUGAAGUCUUUUUGCAGAAGCUGAGUUUGGCUGUAAAAUAUGGAGUAAUCCCCAUAAAAAAUGAAACAGUUUAUGUUAGUUGGACAUUAGUAAACUCUUUUUCAUUUGUGGCAUCAACACUAACCACAAUAGGUUAUGGGAUAAUUGCUCCCAGAACUCCUAUGGGCCAGAUAUUCUGUGUCUUCUAUGGUUUAUUGGGGAUUCCUCUAACUAUUAUAUUCCUGAAGUUUUUGGGUAAGGCAAUAUCACAACCAUUUUUAGGACUUGGAACAUACCUUCGGAAUAUGGGUCUGACAGAGAGACAAAUUAAAAUUCGCAUAUUCAUCCUUUUCUUGGUAACUGGACUUCUCAUUUUCAUCCUGCUACCACCAGUAGUUUUCAUGUUUACAGAGGGCUGGACAUACAAUGAAGGAUUAUAUUUUGCAUUUAUCUCCUUAAGUACCAUUGGGUUUGGUGACUAUAUACCUGGUGUAGGUCCUCAGGCGACGUACUCACUAAAAUACGCCGUAUUCAUGUUACCUUGGUAUGCCUUUGGUCUUGCUUGGAUUGCUAUUCUGUUUAAUUUGCUUUCAAAACUUUUGGAAAGAACUAAAAUAAUGCUCAAUUGCAAACUGCUGUGUCAAAAAGAAAAAAUAUUGUCUAUGAAUACUUUACAGCUCACGAAAGUACCUCAAACUUCUUCUGGGAAUGGUGAGACAAGAUGA